GUGCUUCAGUUCAGUACAUCACAUUAUGACCUCUAACCAUUGAUGGCUUAAUUUAUUUUAUUUUGUAUUUAUUUAUUUACUUUUUUGCAACACAAAUGGCUCUUCUUUUGGCCUUGUUAUGUCUCACAAGUGUUGCAGAUGUAUUAGGAAAGCAAAGGAUAAAUUCAGAAAAUAUAACACGGAUUCUAGACCGACUUCUUGAGGGUUAUGACAAUCGACUGCGCCCGGGAUCUGGAGUCUCUGUAACUGAGGUCAAAACAGACAUAUUCGUCACAAGUUUUGGACCAGUGUCUGAUGUUAAGAUGGAGUUCACCAUGGAUAUGUUUUUCCGCCAAAUGUGGGUUGACGAGAGGUUAGCCUUUCAGGGGCCCGUCGAAAUCUUGCCUUUGAACAAUCGCAUGGUGGACAAGAUCUGGACGCCAGACACGUUUUUUCGCAAUGCAAGGACGUCACUCGCACACAACAUGACGUCUCCUAACAAGCUGUUUCGAAUCAUGCAAAACGGAACGGUCUUUUACACUAUGAGGCUGACUGUAAGUGCAGUAUGUCCAAUGGUGUUGAUGGACUUUCCUAUGGAUGGACACACAUGUCCUCUCCUGUUUGGAAGCUAUGCUUACACUAAUCGUGAAAUCGUCUACACGUGGAGGAAGGGUCUUCAAGCAUCAGUAGAUUUUCCUCCAGAAUCAUCAAGCUUACUUCAGUAUGAUCUUGUGGGCCAGACCUUGUUCAGUGAAACAUAUAAAUUCAGCACAGGUCUGUAUUCUGUCCAGGUUGUCCAUUUCUAUCUUCAGAGGAAGCUUGGCUACCAUCUCAUCCAAACGUACAUCCCAUUGAUUAUGGUGGUUGUGCUGUCACAAGUCGCAUUCUGGAUCAACAAGGAGUCUGUCCCGGCUCGAACAGUGGCUGGAAUCACCACUGUGCUCACCAUGACCACUCUGAGCAUCAGCGCCCGCUCCUCGCUACCCAAAGUCUCCUACGCCACCGCCAUGGACUGGUUCAUCGCCGUCUGCUUUGCCUUCGUGGCUUCGGCCCUCGUCGAGUUUGCCGCAGUUAACUACUUUGCCACGCUCGAGGCCAACAGGGAAAAACGCCGGCUCUCCAGGGCCUCCGUUCUGGAGUCCAUAGCCCAGGGCAGCGACGACGAGUCGGAGACGCCUCAGUCUGAUACCAGUGGCUUUAGCCUCAGAAGACGAGCGAACUCUGUGUCCGAGGCGCCUAGGACUCACAUUCCCAUCUUCCUUCAGGGCUCGGCUGUCCCACCCAACAUGAUGCUGGCAGGCACCAGUGCCAUAGACAAAUACUCCCGCGUCCUCUUCCCUCUGGCCUUUGGGAUCUUCAACCUCAUCUACUGGUACAUCUACCUCAGCAAAGACACCUUGGAAAAGCCUAGGUCUGUGGUCUGAUAACUGCUGACAGACAGAAAAACUACUACUCUACAUCAAGGAGGGAGUUUUUAAUAUUUAUUAUUACAUUGUGUUCUUUCUUUCGGUUUUAUUAGAAUGUAAUUAGUUAUAAAGAGGGAGAACCACAGAGAGCAAUGAGAUAAAAUGUGUGCUCACGUCCUAGUAGAGCUCAAAUUAACAAAUUAACUAUUUUUUCUGAGAAAAUUAUCUUGUACCUUCUGAUCACUGUCAUGCGGAAACGCUCAAAAUGGUGUUGAUUCGGCAGUAAAAUCUAGUUACCUUGUAAUAUUUC